AGUGCUCUGAAUGUAGCAUACGCUUGAUAGAAUGGCUGUGGAAUGAAUGAAUGAAGAUGAUCUGAAUGAAUCAUAUUUAUUAGCAUUCUUCCUGGAAGCCCCUUAGGCAAAGGGGCAGACAAGCAAUGAUUAGAGCCCAGUGGUAAAAGAACUGAAUCAGAGUGGAUUUAAAUCUCAGGUCUCCAGAUGUGUGACUUGAGGUAGCUACUUAAUCCCUCUUUACUUCAGUGUCCUCAUCCAUAAAAUGGGUACAGUUAUGGCACCUGCUUCAUAGGACUCUUUGAGGGUUAAACAAGUGUGUACAUGUAAAGGUCUCAGCAUGGGCCUAGCAUGUCAGCAUUCAUUAAAUGGUAGAAUGUAAUCAUCUCAGCUCAUCUAGGUAUAAAAAUGCAGCAUGCAUGAUACGUCUUGGUAACCAGGAAGUUACAUGACAUGGAAACCAGGUCCUUCUGGCUCCUGCUUUUGUGGUGACUGCUGUUGGUUUGAUUUACUUUUUUAACAUCAAUUUUGCUUCUGAGGAAUCAGCUGCCCCCUUAAGGAGAGUAUUUAUACUCACAGUCUAUCACCAUGGAGAUUGUCAACAGUAGGGAAUCCAAGAUCACAUCACCUCUUCUGGAGGCUGAAAGUGGACUCUCAGGGCCCUUUAAUCCUGCAAAUUUAGCUGGGUGUCAUCUACAUUCUGACUGCUGAAAAGAAAAAAAGGCACCCCAAACUUCAGCAGCUUCAUAACAUCUCCCACCCCAAAACCUUAAACUGUGUCAAGUCAAAGAAGCUUGGGACAAAUGCAGUUUCUUACUGCAGUAAGUCCACAGUCAUCCUCCACGCCGAGCUGGAAGAUUGAGACCAAGUAUUCAACCAGAGUGCUCACUGGAAACUGGACAGAGGAGAGGAGGAAGUUCACAAAAGCCACUGAGAAAACCCCCCAGACCAUUUACAGAAAAGAGUACGUCCCUUUCCCAGGCCACAGACCUGACCAGAUCUCCAGGUGGUACAGCAAGAGGAGAGUUGAGGGGCUCCCAUACAAACACCUGAUCACCCACCACCAGGAGCCCUCACAGCGCUAUCUGAUCAGCACCUACGACGACAAUUACAACCGGCAUAACUAUCACCCAGGCUUGCCUGAGCUCCGCACGUGGAACAGACAUAAGCUGCUGUGGCUCCCAGAGAAAGCUGACUUCCCUCUACUCGGUCCCCCUACAAACUAUGGACUCUACGAACAGUUGAAGCAGAAAUGGCUCCCACCACCAGAGGCCACCCUCCGAGAGAGCAUUUACACUUCCUCCUACCGCAGACCACCAGCAGGUGCCAUGUCCCGGAGGGAGCAUGCGAUUCCAGUGCCUCCCCCUCGCCUGCAGCCUGUCCCACACUUCUGAGAUCUGUCACCCCAUCACAGCACAGAUGGGGCCACCUGGAGACCCACCUGGAGACCAUCUGCCAGACAGCAGGCAGCUGCAGAUAUACCCAGAGUUUUAAAUCAAGCUCACCUGAGGGGCCUUUGAAAUCAUGGUCUGUGUUUUACGGUUCCAGUCCUUCCUCUUAACCUACAGGUUCCUUUCUUUUUCAUUCCACAAAUAAAUCCUUUGACACAAGG